AUGACCCGCACUACACCGGGACGCCUGGUGCACACAACAAACAGACACAGGGAAAAGGCAGGGGUUACCCGGGAAAGUUAGAAGGGGGUACAGAGGCUAAAAUAUGAGAUUGUAACACCUACAUACUCCCUUCACCCUCUGAUUGAGACGCAGGGAUCCGCAACAAGUCAGAUAACCAGAGGUCAUGCAAAAUUGAGUUCAACCACCAAUGCAUGAACACACUCAGCCACCUAAUCCACAAUGUUUAAGGGGAUGUUUUAUGGGGGGAGCAACCUGAAAAAGUACCCACUCGGAUCUAUGUAUCUUGAAGCGUUAUGAACCUUAUAGCGUUAUUUAAACACUACUCUUUCCUUUCUUUCUGUAUCACCUAAUGUUUGGAAAAAUAAUCUAAUAAACAAAGAUUAACAACAAAGUUUCUUGACGUUCACAGUCAUUUGCCAGCAAAACAAAAUCACAUAAAUGUUUUAAACUACAAUACGUGUGUUUAGAAAUCAGUCUGUGUACAUAUGAUACAUGCUCGUGUUCUAAAUUACUUUUUACUUCUUUUAGUUCCAUAAAUGAUUAAAAGACUUCACCUAAUAUUUCCCAUGACAGCUCGACCCCUGAGCACAUCCCUAAAAUUAAAGAGUCCCUCUUAGUUCGUUAGAAGUGUUGGAAGGUAACAGAAAGUAAAAACAAAACAAAAAUGUUUUAAAAUAACUUCUGCAAACAAAUCUGCUGCCAACAAGGUGGCCACUCCUCUCCCACUUCAGAUACAGCAUUAUAAAACUGCACACUUUACUCCUUAAACACUCCCCAUUCAUAACCAGCCAGUCUGUGAGGCUUAUUCACUAAACAUCGAGUUGUAAUAAAUUGACAUCCAAAUGGCCGACAUUUGGCAAAAUAGUUGAUUUUGGGGAAAAUAAGUCUCUAAUUUAUGGAUAGUUAUAGCUUGGCAUAUUUUUCCUCAAUAUUGUCAUUAAGUUUUCAUUUCAGCACAAUUCGUUGUUUAGUGAAUAAACGGUUUGUCACGUGCCCUGUGUACACAGAGCUCCACACCCCUCCCUGAGGAGACAUUUAUCCUCUACGGGGGGGCUUACAACUUGUCUUAUUAUAAUAGAACAUGCUCCGACCACGCCCCCUCACCAUCCUGGCCCUCAGCUUCCCAAACCCUCCCCUCACCAACCAAUGACAAGCUCCUGUCACCUUCAGACGCCGCGCUCAUUGGUCCGUCCAAAUGUCGCGCCUCGCCCCUUCUGUGUACCGAGCCCAGCGCGAGGUGGCGGUUGGAGUUUGAAUUGGGACACAGGCCGAGUGGGCGUGGUUCCAUGGUGGGCGGGUUUGGCGUGAAAGAAGGCGUGGUCAGAGUUACACGGUGGAGGCGGCGGAGAAGAAUCCCGUCACCUCAGAGAAGCGUUACCGAGCUGCCCCGGGUAAGUGACUGUGAGCGCCUCCGCCAUCUUACAACUUUCCUGAGUCCUCCGUUACACGCGGGGCAUGUCCUCCCAGCUUCCCAUUCCACUGGGAGGGGUUAAUACUCCGCACUGUUACUAAAGAAGGGGGGGAGUCUGGGAGAUGGUUUAACCCACUCAAUGCCGGGUGUCUGGGAGAUGGUUUAACCCACUCAAUGCCGGGUGUCUGGGAGAUGGUUUAACCCACUCAGUGCCGGGAGUCUGGGAGAUGGUUUAACCCCCUCAGUGCCGGGAGUCUGGGAGAUGGUUUAACCCCUCAGUGCCGGGUGUUUGGGAGAUGGUUUAACCCACUCAGUGCCGGGAGUCUGGGAGGUGGUUUAACCCCCUCAGUGCCGGAGUGGAGGGUGUCUGGGAGGUGGUUUAACCCACUCAGUGCCGGGUGUCUGGGAGAUGGUUUAACCCCCUCAGUGCCGGGUGUCUGGGAGAUGGAUUAACCCACUCAGUGCCGGAGUGCACGGUGUCUAGGUGGUUUAACCCCCUCAGUGCCGGAGUGGAGGGUGUCUGGGAGGUGGUUUAACCCACUCAGUGCCGGGAGUCUGGGAGGUGGUUUAACCCACUCAGUGCCGGGAGUCUGGGAGGUGGUUUAACCCACUCAGUGCCGGAGUGGAGGGUGUCUGGGAGGUGGUUUAACCCACUCAGUGCCGGGAGUCUGGGAGGUGGUUUAACCCCCUCAGUGCCGGGUGUCUGGGAGGUGGUUUAACCCCCUCAGUGCCGGGUGUCUGGGAGGUGGUUUAACCCCCUCAGUGCCGGGAGUCUGGGAGAUGGAUUAACCCACUCAGUGCCGGGGUGCAGGGUGCUGUCUGCCGAAAAACGAGUAGCCAAACAGCUUUCUGUAUUUGAACACUGGCUUCUGGAACUCCAGCUGUUGGGACUGCAUAUCCCAUGAUGCUCAACCAGUUGGCUGACUAAGCAUGAGUGGAGUAAUAGUCCGUGACUAGUGGAGUGUCAGAGAUCAGCGAGUUAAUGUGUGAGUUACAAUGUGGUUGCUUUCUCUGUGUUUGUCUAUACAGACUUUGAUAGUUGACUUUUUUGGUUUUACUAGUAAUAUUAAAUUAAUUUUGAACUUGGAAAUUAUGCAUUUAGCUUUUUAAUAGAGUUAAAGAAUGUCAUGUGGUAUUGUAAACACUCUCAAUUUAGAUCCCACAUGGUUAUUCCUUAAAGUGUGAAUGAAGAAUUUCAUAUUUGAGACCAAAAUUGAUUGGAAAAAAUCAAAUCUUACAAUGUUGAUCUCUGAUUUUCAUGACUAACUCUGCUUGUGUAAUAAGACAGGAUGUAAAAUGUUGUAUGGACUUGCUAUGAAUGCUAAUAGUACAGUCUCACGUUAACACUACAUUGUCUGACAACGAUGCUCAGUUUACACUGGACUCUCCUGAUCAUUUCAAACUUUAAAGGGACAGUAUAAUCACCAGAACAACUUCAGCUUAAUGUCCUGGUGUCUACUGACCGUAUCACUGCUGGCUUUUCAGAGAAAAUGCAAUGGUUACAUUACUGCCUAGGAACACCUAGUGGCAAUCACUCAGACAUCCACUAGAGGUGCUUCAUGGGUCAGGUUUGCUCUGGAACAUUUCCAGUUAAGUAAUUUUUGUCUUAAAUUUUAAAAUUCACGUUUAAUUCCCUACAAUUCACACUUUACAAAAUAAUCCUGGAAGAAUCUGAUAUUGAAAAAGGAAAAAAGAAAAUAGGUUGCAAAAAUAUUUAGAAGCAAGACCCACUAUUGUGACCUAAAGUUUGCUUUAAAUAGCAUGUUAGUACACAUAUUUCCAGACCCAUUCCUGUUAUCAAUGUGCACUACAAUUGCUAAGUAGUGUGCUGCCUAAAGUAACCACAACCACUACAGCUUGUUGUAGAGGUUAUGGUGCCAGGAGUGCUCUGGCACACUACAUUGAAAAUAGUCACUCUUUUUGAACAGUUCCAUACUCCUAUAAUGAGAAUGGACAAGGUGGCAGUAUGUGCAGUGGCCCAUUUACAACUUUGCUUUGAAAGUUAAUCACAGUAAAGUUAGAGGACUGAUAUAUUGUGAAAAGAUUACUCAAAGCUCCAGGACAACUUCAUCAAAAUGAAAGGGACUCUAUAGUCACCAAAACAACUUUUAGCUUAAUGAAGCAGUUUCUUUUUAUAUAGAUUGUGCCUCUGAAGUCUCAAUGCUCAUUUCUCUGCCAUUUAGGAAUUAAAUCAGUUUUGUUUAUGUAGACCUUGCCAUAUCUCCCCCAACUUUGACUCUCACAGCCUGCAUGGGGGGGGGGGGAAAUGGUUUUUAACUUACUUUAGAAGUGUUUAUAUCCUGCUCUGAACUUUAAUCACACACAGCAGGUUCCUGCAAGGUUUCGCAAGCUAUUACCAUUGCAAGAUAUAGGAAAUUUUUAAUUUAAACAGACACUGUAAAGAUAUUUCACUCUCUCAGAAGUAUUCAGUACACCUGUAUGUAAUAUGCAAGAAGGUGUGGCUGGGGCUCCGUAAACAGUGAGACUGCAUGGGCAUGAUCUAUACACCAAAACUGCCUCAUUAACCCCUUAAGGACUGAGCCAAAUGUACAUGUUGUAAACAAAACCUGGCAUUUGCGCUACAUGUCUGUCCAACCGUAAUUCAACUCUUUAAUAGUAAAUGCACCCACCCUUAUAUAUCAUUUUAUUCAGGGGAAACAGGACUUUCAUUUAAUAUCAAAUAUUUAGCUAUGAAACUUUAUUUAUUUUUUUUAGUUCUACAUGACAUUUUAACUGUCAAUGUCAUAAUAAUGUUUGCUUUUAAUGCAAUAAAAUACACAUUUGUAUUCAGCAAAGUCUCAUGUGUAAAACAGUACCUCCUAUGUAUGGUGUUUUGGGAAGUUACAGGGUCAAAUAUAGCACAUUACAUUUGAAAUUCGCCAGAUUGGUUACGUUGCCUUUGGGACUUUAUAGUAGCCCAGGAAUUAAAUUUACACCCAUAAUGGCAUACCAUUUGCAAUAUUAGACAACACAAGGUAUUGCAAAUGGGGUAUGUCCAGUCUUUUUUAGUAGCCAUUUGGUCACAAACACUGGCCAAAGUUAGCGUUUGUAUUUGUUUGUGUGUGAAAAAUGCAGAAAACACCAAUUUUGGCCAGUGUUUGUGACUAAGUGGCUACUAAAAAAGACUGGACAUACCCCAUUUGCAAUACCUUGGGUUGUCUACUAUUGCAAAUGGUAUGCCAUCAUAGGGGUAAUUUUCAUUCUUGGGCUACCAUAGGGUCUCAAAGGCAACGUAACCAAUCUGGCGAAUUUUAAUGUGGAGAAAAAAAAUAAACACUGUAACUUUUGAAAACACCAUAAAACCUGUACGCUGAACACAAAUAUUUGUGCUUCAAAACAGUAAAAAGUAUCACAGCAAUAAUAUCGUCCUUGUAAGUUCUGUUUGUGUGUGGGAAAAUAAAAAAGUAACUUUUACUGGCGAUAUCAUUGUUGUAAUACAUUUUACUGUUUUGAAACACUAAUAUUUGUGUUCAGCGAAGUCUCCCGAGUAAAACAGUACCCCCCCAUAUACAGGUUUUAUGGUGUCUUGGAAAGUUAUAGAGUUAACUAUAGUGCUAGCAAAUUUAAUUCCCUAUACUUUUGGCAUGGGCUGUCAGGCCAGUCCUGCUAAUUGUAAUUAAUUAAAAUACCUAAUUAUGUAAAAAUAUUACAUAAAUAUAUAUAUGUAGAAUUAAUAUAUGUAGAAUUAAUAUCUCUCUCUCUCUCUCUCUCUCUCUCUCUCUCUCUCUCUCUCUCUCUCUCUCAAUAUAUAUUAUCACAAUACAGUUAGAAUGAAAUAACACACAUCUAUAUAUUUUUUAACGUAUUUACAUAUUUUUUUAUAUUAUUUAUAUAUUCAAUCAGUAUCAAUCUACGUGUAAUUUGAUAUUUAUUUAUAUAUAUGUAUAUUUAUUUUUUUGAUCUAAGUAUAUUAUAAUAAUUUUUUUUACACUGAUUUUAAUUUAAUUUACCCUAUUUUUCGCUCCAUAAGACGCAUAGUGUCCUUCACCCCCCUUGUCCCAUAGUGCACUUUCCCUCCCACAGUGUCCCCCACUCCCCUUGUCCCAUAGUGCACUUUCCCUCCCAUAGUGUCCUCCCUCCCCUUGUCCCAUAAUUACCUACCUGUCUUGUAGCGUGGGCCGGCUUAACAGCUUGCACCACGGUACAGGAACUUCAAUUUCAGGUUCCGGUUUCCGGCGGGACUGAAAGGAAGUGUGAAAUUGAAUUUCCUGUACUGCGGAGCGCGCUGUGCUGCUGGCCCACGCUACAAGACGAGUAAGUAAAGCUUCACAUUCGCUCUAUUAGACGCACAGACAUUUCCCCUCACUUUUGAGGGGGAAAAAAGUGCGUCUUAUGGAGCGAAAAAUACGGUAAUUUGAAUUCAGCCAGCAGAGGGACUGUCAGCCAGCUAACCCGGCCAUGUGAUUGUGAGGUCCUCGCAAGGACCUCACUCUCACAUGGCCGGAGGAGGCAGGAUCCGCCGCGGGGGACCAGGUAAGGAACAAAAAAACGGAGGUCGUACUAUUACACCCUGCUGCGUUUAGAGCUGCUUAGAAUAGGACGUAAUAGUACGCCCUCCGGUUUUAAGGGGUUAAGCUAAAGUUGUUUUGGUGACUAUAGUGUCCUUUUAAGUUGUUAUGGCGGAAGGAGGUCGCAGGAAUCUGAAUCGGUAAACCGUUAAAGGGAAACUAAAGCACAAAGAUUCCCAAAGCACUUCAGCUUGUUGAAAUGUUUUAUGUGUGAAACACAGCUCUCAAUGAGCUGAUCGUCCGUCCGCCAGCCGGCCACCUCAGGGGCUGAGCAGACUCACAUAUCCCAGGCGCCACAACAAAUUUCCUGGUCGCUAUGGCGACCUGGCACCUAGGAUUUUUUUGAGCCCUGCUCUAUAGGUUGCAUUUUCAGUGAAAUUUGGGUGACCACUUGAAGCAUUUGUUAUGUUGAGUUAUUUCAAUUGCUUUUUGUUUGAUUUGUUUAUUACUAACAGCAAAAUAGCAUUUGCCCCUCUCCUGUGCAGAUAGGGGUGGCAAUAAUGUAUUCUUUGGUGGGCUGCAAGUAGACAUCUGCCCUCUGGUGGCAGUAACCUUUUUCAUGUGGCACCUUUGGCACUUGCACCCAAAAGCCCUACCCGAUGAUUUGUAUGCUAAAUGGUCAAUUUUAUUAAAUGAUGGCACACCCGCCUGCCUCCUCCAGACCUCAAAUCAGACGUGCAUGUAUGCAUAAGCACACCAAUUCAGAAGCUUUGCAAUGAGAAGCCUUUGGUUAUUUUCUCUGUGUAGAAGAGAAUUGCAACUUUUGCAUAAAAACUGCAGCUUUUAAAAUAUACCCCAAUUAAUACAUGCAUGAAAUAAAUCAUGCAUAAAUUCAUUGGGGAUAUAUCUACAUGUUUGUCUAUUUGCACAGUGGAGUGUCCCUUUUAAAGACAAUUUAUUUCUUACUUUUUGGCAUAUGUUUGACCUUUAUGAGUUUGUUUACUAUAAUCCAUAUUUUACAAGUUACUAUGGGUGGACUAACAGAUGCCUAAUUGUAACCAGACAAAUGGGUGCACAGAAACAGAGGGGUUGAGGGUCCUGCUUAAUGAGCUUACAUGCUAGAGGGAUUGGGGUAAAGUGACACAAAAGGUAAGGGAAUUAUUAGGGAAGAUUGGGAGAAUAGUAUACAAUGAAGGUUUGGUUUUUGCCUCAACACUUUAUUUUAAACAUUGAUUUCUUGACGUUUUGUGUGCUGCAUACAACAGCUUUGAAACACAACACUGGAAGAAAUGCAAAGCCAAUGAACCCCUGAUGAACAGCUAUUAUUAUUAUUAUUAUUAUUAUUAUUGUUAAUAAAUAUAUAUUUUUUUUAAAGGGACUCUAUAGGCACCCAGACUACUUCAACUCAUUGAAGUGGUCUGGAUGCAGUUUCCCUUUUGCACUCGAGAGAAAUUGCAAUGUUUACAUUGCAGCUGUAAGUCUGCCCACAGUGGCUGUCUGGUAGGGCUUCCUGGCUCGAAACAGACCUUUGGUCUGGUAUCUGACACUGGACAUCCUCACAUUCGGCAUGAGGAAAUCCAGCGUCGGAUUUUUCCCCAUAGGAAAGCAUUCAUUCAAUGAAUUUGCUGCGCACUCACUCGUCGAGGGACAUCGGCGCUCGGAAAAGGCAAGUAAAGGGUUUUUAACCCUUUAUUUACCCGGAUGGGUGGCGUAAGGGAGGUGGAGGCAAAGGAAGCUAUAGUGCCAGGAAUACAGCUUUCAAUUCCUGGCACUUUUAGUAUCCCUUUAAUGCAACUCAUCAGCAUGAGGUUGGUUACUGGCUUGCUGUUGAGGUUCAGUUAUAUAUGAAAUCGGUACAGAGGAAUUAUUUAGAAUCGUUUCUAUUAAUUCCAUUUUAAAAUGGGCUAAUGACUGUAGGUAGCAGCGUUUGACUAGGGAUACAACUGAGAUACACACACACAUUUUUCCUAUUCCUGCUCAAUUGACUGUAUUGUGUUUUUAACCAACACCUAAUCAUUUGAAUUGCUAUUAGAACAUACAUUCUCUUCUGUAGUCACAAGUAACUGCUAAACAAAGGAUUAUACAUUAAUUACAUUUUAAUCUGGAAAAGUUUCCUCUAAUAUGUUGGUGUCACGGUAAGUAAAGACUUUCCUUGUGAAUGCAUUUCAACCUGAUGCUAUGAAUGGAUAAUUGUUUCUGAGAAAAUUGUUCUUUUAAAAACCAACAGGAUUAGGGAUAAUGAGAAUUCUGCCUUUAAAUUAAUACACGUAAUAUACAAUAAUUGCUUGCCCUUAUUUAUUUAUGUGUGUGUGUGUAUGUAUGUAUGUAUGUAUGUGUAUAUAUAUAUAUAUAUAUAUAUAUAUAUAUAUAUAUAUAUAUAUAUAUAUAUAUAUAUAUAUAUAUAUAUAUAUAUAUAUAUACAUAUACAUACACAAAAAUCAAAACUGAGGAUGCACUCACAGGACUUGGUUAAAGUGAAAAAAAGGGACUUUUAAUUAUUCCAUGUGAAAUGUACAGAAAAAUCAAUUUUCCAUUCACAUGGAAUAAUUAAAAGUCCCUUUUUUUUCACUUUAACCAAGUCCUGUGAGUACAUCCUCAGUUUUGAUUUUUGUAUAUUUCUGACGUUUGGGAUAUAGCACCCAGGCUAUUAGUUCUUUCUUAUUACUUAAAGGAGAGUGCCAAGCAUCCUGUUUUUUUGCUAUAUAUAUAUAUAUAUAUAUAUAUAUAUAUAUAUAUAUAUAUAUAUAUAUAUAUAUAUAUAUAUAAUUUUUUUUUAUUUAUUUUUUUUUCAUCACCUCCCUUCUACAGUUUAGUGUUAACAAGUCCAAAAGAAGGUGUGCUAUCUUUGGUAACUGUACUUUCUCCCAGUUGCAUGCUUUUUUAGAAUGUUCAGAUUUCUUUUAGUCGCAAUACCACAUGCUCUUCUAUAUAGUUGCAGUGUAGUAAGAACAUGUACAAAAUUAGGCAAAUAUUCAAGAGAAAACCAAAGUAUAAUACAUGUGUAUAUAGGAAAAACUGAAGAGAUCUUGUCAUUAGAUGACUAUAAUGAACUAAUUCUUUCAAACUAGUGAGUACUAAAGUGACACUGUAGUCACUAGAACCACUACAGCUUAAAGGGACAUUAUAGGCACCAAAACAACUUUUAGCUUAAUGAAGUGGUUUUGGUGUAUAGACCAUGCUCCAGCAGUUUCACUACUCAAUUCUCUGCCAUUUAGGAGUUAAAUAGUUUUAUUUAUACAGCCCUAGUCACAACUCCCUGCAUGUGACAUACGCAUCUUUCCUGAACACUUCCUGUAAAGAGAGAUCUAAUGUUUAAACUUCCUUUAUUGCACAGCCUGUUUAAUUUAAUUUAGAAUUUCUUGUCUCAUCCUCUGUUUAAUAGCCUUCUAGACCCUGUAGGGACCUCGUCUGUGAUUUAAAGUUCAAUUUACAGAGCAGAAGAUAAAAACUUAUAAAGCAAGUUAAUAUCUGAAAAUUAACCAGUUUUUUUUUUUCUGACAUAUGGUGGCAGUACGUCUAGGGUUGGGACAAGCAUCUGCAAGAUAGGAAUUAGGAAAAGUCCCUCCCCCUUUACCCUAUAAAGGGCUUCCCCCGGCAAAUCCACCUCAGUUCCUCCUUGUCCCAGCACGGGGCGGAUCAGUCAUCUGUUGUAGGUGAGGCACACGGAUUGAUGCCUGGGGGAUCCGGCCCGAUAGCUGUCCGGAUUGCAGGCUGAGCAGCCAUGGUCCUUCCGCGGCAUACGGAGCUUUAACACCAGGAUCUUUGUAUUCCGAGUAAGUGAGGCGUUGGGAAGAAAGCGUGGCCCGAGGAUGCAGUGAGUACAUGGUAGGCUUGCACCUGCGCACAACGGUGGAACGCACGCCCGGGUGGUGUUGCGUUCCACCAAGGUUCCGGUUGCGCAUGCGCAAACCGGAACUUCCUGGAAACUGCUGAAUGCAGGUCCUGCUUGUCAGAAGGGUUCCCCGUGUCACCAGCCCCCCACACAGUUCAGAGGUUUUCAAGGUAAGAUUAGCUAAUGAUUGGAAUUGAAGGUUUGCUUAAUGGUCUAUAUUGUGCAUCUUGGAAUGCCUCUUCCAUAAACAUGCUUUUCUUGUUGUAUCUGUGCUACUCCCCUUCCUGAUUGUAUUGGGGUAUAUAAUUGUAACCAAGGUGCUGCAAUUACUUUGGUAAAAUUUUAAGCAAAGACUAUGCUAUCAUUCCUAGCCUGGUGUCAAGAUUAUCAAGUUCUAUCUUUUUUUUAUGUUUACCAUCAAAAGGGGUAAAAGUUCAAUCCCCAAGAUACACUGGGAAACCAGAAAGAUCUGCAUUUCUCUUACCUAAUCCCAUAGGUGAAAUGGCUGCGUUAAAUACCCUGUGGUCGAGAAGGCAGAGUCCUCUUACAGACUAUCUUCCAGGCUGCUGGUUUUCGGUAUAAGGCUUUGCUGGCAGGUGUAGCGGUGUUUACUAUUGUUAAUUGAAGUUGUGGAAGUCUCCAGAUAGCAGCUGUAUUUGUGAUUCCCACAUACUUUUUUGAUGGACAUGACUAAUAAAUUUUGAAAUUGACUGCCAAAAUCAGAGGUUGAUCUUCUCUUGCCCUUGGGCUUGGACUGUGGAUCUGCAUCUCUUUCGGUCCUCUGUUUACUCCCAUUUGGAAAAAAAACGUCAAAAACGAAAAAAGCUCUCCCUCAAGGCUAGUAGUUUUAACUGGUGGUAGAACUAGUUCCGACAUGGGUAAAUGUUUUUGAUGCCAAGAAGGUUGGAGGCAGAAUCCUGCAUUUCUAUACGAAGUGUUGAUAGGUUGAAUUCCCCAGCAGGGUCGACUCUGCCCUUCAUCCCUUUGAGGUACAUGAAUUGAGUACCAUUAAAUGGAGUCACUUAUCAUUCGUUUGGGUACCAGUAUAUAUCUGAAUGUCUCUCCCGUGGCUUUUACUUGCAAUCACUGGUUUAUUUAUCUAGAACAGAGACUCUUUACGAGUCUGCACAAUCCAUAAUUCCUCGUUUUCAUUUAUAAUUCUUCCGAACAUCUGGUACUCUAUUUACAGAAACAGUGUCCCUGUUGGAUAAAGGGAGUUGGAGAUAUGGUUCUAGUGAACCAUGAAGUUCCUCAGGAAUCUCCUGGAUAUCAAAGCGGGAUCGUUCCUUUAGGCCUGUUUUGAAUUUAAAUUAUUUGAUUCAUCUCCUGAAGUUUCUUCCACCAAGUCUGACCUUUUAGCCUAUAGAAUAGGUAGUUCUCUCUAUGUAAGGCAUCUAUCACAGGUUGGGGCGCUCCUCUAAAUUUUCGAAUGUGCCAGCAUUCUUGGUCCAAAGAAAAAUGAGUUAACUAAUUUCAGAUCUCCUAAGGCAGUUCUUCACUCACCUCGCAGAUUCAGAUCUUUUGGUUAAUGGAGAGACUUAUUAGGAUGCAGUCAGACCACAACACUGUUUCUCUCACGUCAACAGACAGGUUGGUGCCUUUGGCAAAGUCUGUUUCAACUAUGUACCAAACUGUUUACUGGGCUCAGGAUCUCUGGGAGGUCCUCGCUCGAUUCAGCUUAUGGGGUGUAGACAAUGUCAUCACCUACAACCACAGCACGAGUGAGUCUAUAGAUCCUAUGAUGCUCACCAUGCUAAAGGGAUAUUUGGAGGUCCCGGAUAGACCUUAUGGCAAGAAAGGAGAACAUAUAAAUUCCCAGAUUUGCCUCCCUAUACAGGACAUUUCUCCGUGCUUGCGUUUUUUCCUAUGGACUGAUCCCAAGACUUCUUCAAAAGAUAUGAACAGACGGAGCAGCGGUUCUGUUAAUCUUUCCAUACUGGCCAAACACUAGCUGGUUUCCAGCCUUGAUGGAGUUGAUUUCCAGGUUUUGGGCUCUCCCUAUCUCAAAAACACUUUUUUUUAGAAGAUAAGAUGGUCAGAUUGACGGCAGGGCAACUGCAUGGUGGAUCCUUCAUAGAGUUUCUACAUUAACUGUAAGGAACAUCAUUGUCUUCUAGCUAAUUUGUCUGUAGGUUCAGAUUUAUAUUUCCUUCAUGAGAUUUCCACAAGUUGGGCGUUUCCACGUCGAGACCAAAUUGUAUUUCCUAAAUCUUUCCGGGAAAGGAUUGGUCUUUGUAUAUGCUAGUUGGAAGUUUCUUCAAUGCAAUAGGCUUCUUAGGCCACCAAGGAAGUUGUUUUCCUCCUGGGUUCUUUCUUCAAUCUUUCGGUCCUCUUGGACUUUGGAGGUGGUUCCUUUUUCAGAUUCUAAAGCUGCAACAGCAUUCUUAGUGGCCAUUACCUUUGCCAAGAGAGUAGGCGAGCUUUGGGCUUUAUCAUCUUCAGUAGAAUUUAGUAUAUUACGUCAGGGUAAAGCAGUGUUUCUUCAUACACAUUCAAUUCUUCCAAAGUUAUCCUUUAGAGACCUUUAUCAGCUCAUCUUUCUACAACUGCGAUAUACUAAGAGUUAAAAAGGACAUUACAGGUCUACCUAUCAAGAUCAGCUGAAUACAGUAAAUCAGAUCACCCGUUUUUCAUCUUCUAAUGAAAGUUUAAUGAGAAUGAAGCCUUUCGUAAUUCUAUUUCUCGUUGUUUGGUCUAUCAAAAUGGCUUGCACUUCAGUAGUUUUGCUGUGCCAGCUUCUCUCUCAGCACAUUCCACAAAAGCAAUGGCCACGUCAUGGGCAGAGAAAGCUCUUGCUUCACCCGAAGAAAUCAGCAAGGUUGCUUCUUGGUCUUCUUUUAGCAUCUUUGUCAGGCAUUUCAGGCUAGAGUUACAAUUUUUUCUUUCUCUCUAAAAUUGCGUUGGGGCAUAAUGUACUACAAGCUGUUGAGACGUAAAGCCCACCCGAUUGGGGAUUUUGCUAUAAUCCAAUACGUACUGCCAUCAUAUGUCAGAAAAAAAUAAAAUCUACUCACCGUAAAUUAUUGUUUGCUUAAUAUGGUGGCGGUACAAAACUCUCUCCCUCUGAAUCACAAAUUUUGCUUGCAGUAUAGGGCGUGGGUGUUUAUUCUUGCUACCGGGGGAAGCACCUUUAUAGGGUAAAGGGGUAGGGAAUUUUCUUAAUUCCUAUUUUGCAGAUGCUUGUCCCAAUUGGGAAGCAUAACCCCAUACUGCCAGCAUAUUAAGUGGGGGGAAAAAAGAAUUUACGGUGAAUAAAGAAAAUCUUUAAAAAAAAAAUAAAAAUUUUUAUGCCCACUGUGCAUGAGUCACAGCCAAUGGAGGUGUGACUAGAGCUGCAUAAACAAUAACUAAAUUGUUAGAUGGUAGUGAAUUUAGCAAUGAGACUGCAGGAGCAUGAUCUCUACUCCAAAACUGCUUCAUUAAAGGACCACUAUAGUGCCAGGAAAACAAACUAGUUUUCCUGGCACAAUAGGGUCAUUAGGUGCCCCCCUCCCGCUGGGCUAAAGGGGUUAAAACGCUUUUAGCCACUUACCUUUCUCUAGCGCCGGGCUCCCUCUGCGCUGGGUAACUCUCCAACCCCUGCUGACGUCAGGAAAGAGCCGCGCGCGCAUUCAAACUGCCAAUAGGGAAAGCAUUACUCAAUACUUUCCUAUGGAUGUCCAGCAUCUGCUCACUGAUUUUCACAGUGAGAAUCGUGGAAGCACAUCUAGUGGCUGUCAGUGAGACAGCCACUAGAGGCUGGAUUAACCCUCCCUUCAGCUGCAGGGUUAAAACUAGAGGGACCAGGCACUCAGACCACUUCAUUGAACUGAAGUGGUCUUGGUGCCUAUAGUGGUCCUUUUUAAGCUAAAGUUGUUUUGGUGCCUAUAGUUUCUCUUUAAUGUAGUGGUUCUGGUGUCUAUAGCAUGUCCCUGCAGGCUCAGCAAUAAAAACAUUGCAUUUUCAGAGAAAAGUAACACUCCUAGGUGCAGUCACUCAGAUGGCUUCUAGAGGUGAUUCCUAUGUUCAACAUCUCCAUGCUCUCUGCAUGUACUCCAGCACUUUAGCAUUAGGAAUACAUGUUAUUAUUCCUGACAAUAUAAUGUUCCUUUAAUGACCCGAAAACGGCUAGUAAUCCAAUUCGGGUUUCUAAUUUAAUUAUAAACUGCUUUUGUGAUUGGAAUUUCACACCCAUUUAUUAUUUACAUAUUGAAGCAUGGACAAUAAAUGUAAUCAUUUAUUUUGCUUUCUGUUUUUUAGCUUGUAUUUUGA